CCUCACUUUGACAUUUUGCCCAUGUGAGAAGAGGAGCGCGAGGAGAAGAGGCUCGCGCCUGAGGACAGAGGAAUAACAGCAAUUUCUUUCGCUCAGAUGUAGGCUUUUUCUUAUUUACCGGACAUUUUCAAGUGUAUAUGUAUAUUAAAAACAAAGUUUCGUACAAAUGCAGCCAUGACCUCCGUGUGGAAGAGGCUUCAGCGCGUCGGGAAGAGAGCGUCCAAGUUUCAGUUUGUCGCGUCCUAUCACGAACUUACCGUCGAGUGCACCAACAAAUGGCAGCCAGACAAGCUGAGAGUGGUUUGGACCAGACGAAACAGACGAAUCUGCAGUAAGCUUCAUGGCUGGCAGCCUGGCAUCAAGAAUCCUUACAGAGGGACAGUGUUGUGGCAGGUGCCUGAAAAUGUGGAUAUUACAGUCACACUCUUUAAGGAUCCAAAUGCCGAUGAAUUCGAAGACAAAGAUUGGACGUUCAUCAUUGAAAAUGAGACAAAGGGUCAUCGGAAAGUUCUAGCAUCAGUGGAUGUAAACAUGAAGAAGUAUGCCAACGUCACUUCAGCCACGUUUGACCUGACACUCAAACUGAAGCCACUCUCUGUGAAAGUGGUGGACGCUACGCUAAAGCUCAGCCUGACCUGCAUCUUUCUUAAAGAGGGCAAGGCCACUGAUGAGGAUAUGCAAAGUUUAGCCAGUCUAAUGAGCCUUAAACAUUCAGACAUUGGAAACCUGGAUGACUUCAACGACAGUGAUGAAGAGGACAAGAGGUUGAGUACAGGAACAGGCAGAAGCAUGGUAGCCACAGCUCCACUUCCUCCUGUUACAAAAGUUCAUGAUGAGGCAUGGAGGCCUGCUGUAGACACAAACCCUUUUGUCACAGUUCAUUCUGAAAUGGAUUUGAGGAGUUCAUCAUCAUCACCCUCUGUUCCUAACCUGCCUCAUCAAGCCUGUCAUCCGUUCCAGACUUCUCUCAAACCUUCUAUCUCAUCACUUUGUACUACACCCACCCAUCUCCCUGACCUUUCUGGCUCAUCCCAGCCGUCACGCUCCACCCAUUAUGCCUUUACUGUACCAGCAUUUGUUCGUGCUCAUCCUCCUGCCCUGCCCAAAAUCUUCCAGCCAACAGCAGGCUCAGUGCCUGCAUCUGUUUCCCGAAGGCCCUCAGGGGGUCAGGCUGGCGCUAGUUUGACCGAGGUCAGUAGUUCUGUAGUUUCACACCCACGAGCCCUCUCCACCACAUUUCCAGGUCCCAGCGCUCCUCCUUUCUCUCUCUCCUCCUCCUCUCAGCUGACUGCUCCACCUGCUAUUUCUCAGACAGCCACCUCUUCUGCCUCUGGAGCCUGGACACCUCAGAGUUUUCCUUCUUUUUCUCCCCCUGUAUCUGUCAGUAGCCCUGAUUCUUCUGUUCUUGGGCACUUUCCUCCUGUCUCUGUACCUCUCCCUGCACCAUGCCCUUUAAAAACCUACCGUGCUUCAUUGUCAGACCUAGGCCCCUCCCUCACCAGGCCCACCAGUAUGCCCUCAGCUACUGAGACAGCAACAUGGCAGAGAGAGUGGAGGUCCCCUGAAGUAAAGCCUAGCCUCUGUCCCACACCCAUUACCUUAGAAGAACCUGUCCAUCAGCAGGCAGUGCAGAGUUCAGACACACUGCGCAGGCCUGCCUCAGUUUCAUUAUCCUGCUCUUAUCAUUCUGCUUUAUGUCCUCCCCUUAAAAAACCCAGUCCCUUUACAUCUCCCAUUAAUACACCUCUUCCUCCUUUACCCUUGCCAGAAAUAGUGCGCUCUCCCACCCCUAAUGUGCCACCUACAGUAGCUCCUCCUCUGUCCCUGUCCCGACCGUCUGAGGUGGCAUCCUGCACUCUGUUUUCUCCUUUACCCCAUUCCCUCGUCCCAUCAGGACCCCUGUCACCUGCCCACUCUGUCCAUGUUGCUGUACCUCCGCCUGUCAGUCUCACCCCCAUCCCUGAUUCAUCUCUACACUCUGAUUCCUCCCUCGUCACAUUAUCUAACGCUCCACUCACUCCGCAUCCCAAUGUUUCUACUCAGCUGCCAUCUGUCCACUUUGCUGCUCCCUUUUCUCCUGCUGCUGUUGACCCUGAGGUUAAUCCAUCUGAUGCCGCUCAGCCAGACCCUUUCCAUCGGGUCCAGACGUUGGAAUGGAGACACCAGGUUGUCCCCACUGUGUUUAGACCAAAUGUACGCAGACCUACUGGCCCCCUUACUGUGAACACUCCUACAUAUCCUUCUUCCCCUUCUCCUCCUCCACCUGUCGUUCCUGGCUCCCAAUUUCAGUCCCAAACAGCCAUCGCUCCACCCCUUAUUGGGCACAUUCCUGUACCUCCCUCUGAUACAAGUAAAGAGUCGCACAGACAGCUGGGCGUAUUGAGAGAGGAGGAAUAUCCCACUGCAGUCUGCACUGGUGAGGAAAAUGCAGAUGUAAAAACAUCAAAUGCUCACCAAGCCAAAGACUUAAGAUCAUCCCAUCACAAAACUGGACAUACCACCAUAGCCGGCCAUAAACCAGACAGAGAAUCAAUGUUUGAACUGCAGAUCGUGAGGGCAGCACCAAGACCCGAGAGUAUGGUCUCUCACCUGCAAUCUACCCCCAAAGCUCCCAGUGUCUCAGAGGCCCAAUCAUUUGAGUUGUCUAAACCUGACAUGAGUGUGGCUGAGAAGACACCUUCCAAUACAGCUUCGCAAACUAUUCCCUUAUCUGUCAUAGUCAAAGAGUCCACUUCCCCCUUGGCUGAGGUUGAAUGCACCCUAUCACAAGAGUCAACAGAGGUGCAGUCAGUGUUUACUGAUAAAGAGGAGAACGUAAAGCUACAAACUGAGCCUACAAAUUUGCACAAUGUACAAACAGAUGAAAAUGAGCAAGAAAUAAACUUUGCCACAGAGUUGAUAUUUAGCCCAGAAAAGACUAAAAUUGAUCAGGGAGCAAAAGGCAUUGCUGAUAUCCUUCCCUUUUGUCCAACACCUAUUUCCCCUUGGUCACCCUUCACAUCAACAUGUGACACAGAUCAAAGUCAAAGUGGAGUUUUGCCCAUCAACGGAUUAACUAGGAUAAGAGAGGAGAUCAAUAAUCUCCCCAUUGACUACCAGGAAUCAAAUCAAGACUAUGAAGCUGUGAAAAACAUUGUGGAUAUGUCAGGAUAUUCUGAUAAUGCACACAGUCCACAAUUUGCACAGGUCCAUAAGACAAAAAUAAAAGCAGAUAAUAGUGAGUCAAAUAAGAUUGACUUUUUUCUCUCUGAUGCAAAAGCAUCAUAUGUUUCUGGACUCCCAUCUGGGGAGGAUAUUAAAAUGGAGGAGGCUGUACAGAGGGCUAAAGAUGAAAGUCUGUUACAGGAGGAGAGCCAAGAGAAAAGAAUAAAUACAGUGGCCCCUAAUGAUACAGAAUAUCAAGACAGACACUGCUUUGAACAUAUGCGUGAGCCUCAGUUAAGUGAAAGUACUAUUCCUGACAUCCCUUUACCUGAGAAGUCAAAGGUUGAUAAUUCCAAGAUAUACAGAGAGCCAUGCAUGAUCAGUAUUCUUCCAUCCUGCCCAAGAGCUGCAAUUAUACCUGGCUUGCCAUCCUUAUACUUGCCAGAAAAAGCUAUUAAAUGGCCAUCAUCUGAAGGGUCAAUAAGAGUAAUGUCAUGUAAGAAGGAACCAGCUAUGCAUAUUCAGAAUUUGGGAAUACAGUAUCAUGACAUUAAAAUGCUGAACAAAAUUAUUUCACUGAAGCCAACUUGUCCAAAAUCUGUCAGCAUUCCAGGCUUUCCAUCUGUGCCCUUUGAUACUGAGGACAUACCAAGUAGUAUUAAUUUCCCUCCAACUUGUCCUAAAGCCUCAAGAAUUUCUGGCCUACCUUCAAGACUGCCAUUCACAAUCUCAGAACCUGAAAUCUGGCCCAAGAAUAACAUGAUGUUAUGGGAAAGAAAAAAGAAGAAAUGUAAAGUGCAGAUCCUACACUCAUUUACAGAGAGCCCAGAUAUGUUUAAGGCAAUGAUUCCUAUAAGACCGUCUUGCUCAACAGCAUCUAAGGUUCCUGGAUUUCCAUCUACUCCAGGAUCCAUACCACAAGAACAUCCAAGUAUCAUAAAUAUGUUACCAUCUUGUCCAAAAAUUUCCAGUAUUGCAGGGUUCCCUUCAGUGUUUCUCAGUAUUGAGCAAGAUCUCUUACUCUGCCGAUCCGACAACACACCAUUAUUUGUAAAACAGAAUAAGAAGGAUCAAAUAAGGGUUAUUCAUGACUUGGGAAAGCCAUAUGAUGAUAUUCGACAACUAAGAAAUAUGUUGUCACUGACAUUAACAUGUCCAGCAACUGCUGCUCCUGGUUUCCCAUCUGCACCAAUCCAAAAAGUCCCUAAUGCGGUCAAUUUAUGUCCAACUUGUCCUACAACUUCAAAGGUUUCUGGCAUGCCUUCAAAAUUGCUAGUUAUUGAGCCAGAUGAUAAAUAUAAGCAUAUGGAUAGUGUAAUACUGCGGAAAAGACAACUGAGAAAAAGUGACCCACACAUUCUUGUUAUGUCUACAUAUAAUGCAGAAACAGCCAAAUCAAUGAGUCUUAUAAGGUCCACUUGCUCAACACAAUCAAGAAUUCCUGGAUUCCCAUCUGCCCCAAAGUACAGACCUCAGAAAGACCAAAAUAUUGUAAAUAUGAUGUCAUCUUGCCCAAACAAUUCAAAGAUUUUAGGCUUCCCAUCCAUAACAGUCAUGAGAACAGAUCAAGAUGUUCAACAAUGGAGAACGCAUAACAGUGAACGAUUAAUUCAAAUGCCAAAGAAGAGAAUGUCAGAUAUGUAUAUUAUUUUGAGUCAAGUUUUAGACACAUUUAAAGAAAACAUUGAUUUUACAAAGACUAUGGUGGCCUUGGUGCCAUCAUGCCCCAAAAAAGCACAUUGUCCUGGAUUUCCAUCCCUACCAACACAGAAUCACGAGUGCCCUCAGUGCAUGAUAAAACUUCUAACUUCUUGUCCAAAAGCUUCUUGUGUGCCUGGAAUACCAUCUUUAAUCAACACUGAAUCUGUUUCUAAUAAAUGGCCAAGGGACACUGAGACAUUAUGGAUCAAAAGAAUGAGGAAUCAAUCACACUGUUCCGAACUCGCGUAUACACCUCUUUAUGAAUGUACAGAUGACAAUGAUGGUAUACGAAGCAUAGUUUUAUUAAAACCCUCUUGCCCAAGAAGAGCAAAAAUUCCUGGCUUCCCAGUUGCACCACCACCAAGAUCAGAAAAGCACAUCAUGUCAGAUAGACUGUCACCCUGUGCAACAGUUGAAACCUGUGGCCCAUUGACGUUAGAGUCAUCUCUCAUCUCAAACUUUUCUAUGACACAUGUUCCGGUUACAAUUCUAACAGAGGAAAUCAACCCUUCAAAGGAGUGUGAUAUUGCCAUGCAGCAUUUAACAAAUAGCUCCGCUGUAAAUGAAGUGACUCGUAUGAAUGCAACUAAACUGAGCUCAAGUUCCCUGGAAGAGACCAAAGAGGAUAUAGGAUUUUGGCCAAAAAGUGAGGAAGGAGAAAAGGGAAUUCUGGAGAGUGGCAAAAUAGACUGCAGAAUAUGGCACUCCCUACCUCCAGACAUGCCAUUAUUACUCACUGCUGGAGAGAGAAUUGAAUGCACAGAUGCUGAGUUCCAAAAUACAGAUGAUUAUAUGCACACAGUGCGCUCUGCUUGUGAUAAGUAUACAUUUGAGAACCUGACACAAAGACCAGAACAACUCGCAUCCAGAUAUGAGGAUGAAAAAGAGACACUGGAAGACAUAUGUAAUUUGGAGCCUUCUGUGUGUAAUGCUCAGUCCAAACUACAGCCGGUCACGUGGAUACCCAACAUGGCUGAUCUCUUUCCUUCAUGUCCAAGAAUUUGUAGCAUUCCUGGAUUCCCAUCUACAGCUAUGACUAUUACUUAUGAGACAGAUGGAACAGACUGGCCUAGAGAUGCAAAUACAUUGUGGAGAAAGGUAAUGGGACCAAAAACACUAGAACCCCUUCAGUACAUGGCAAUAUCUCAGUUUGAUACAAAAAUGAUUGGAAAUAUGGUAUCUCUGGCCUGUUCAUGUCCUAGUAAAACAAGUAUUAUAGGUUUUCCUUCUGCCAUUAGGGGAAAAAUAUUAGAAAUAUCCUCCAUAAGUACAUCUAGCUCCAAGAUAUCCAGAGUAGCUGGUAUGCCAUCAAGCUCCCUAAUUCAAGAGCUCAAGCCUCAUGUGGAGUGGCUAAACAGAAAAGUUUUUUUGUGGGACAAGCAGUCAAAGGAAAAACUGGCCUUCAUCAUAAAUAAACCUCUUCAGUAUACUCACAUUUCCAGUAUGAUGGUGGCUAUUGUUCCAACUUGCCCUGAGACAACACUUAUUCCUGGUUUUCCAUCUGCACCAUGCUCCAAAGAAAGAUGGAAGGGUGGAACCAUGGAAACUUUUUCUUCAACUUGCUCAGCAGUAUCUACAGUAUCUGUAGUUGCUGGGCAUACUUUGAGAAAAGCGCCAGCAGCUCAAGUAGAUGGAUUUACCACUACAUCAAUACUUCAAGCUAAAGUGGUCCCAAGUAUGUCAAGGCUUCUUCCAACAUGUCCAAUGAUCUCUACAAUUCUUGGAUAUCCAUCUAAACAAGAAUCUAACAAUUUGGAGUGGGUCAGUGAUCAGACACUAAAUUUAGGCAAACCAUUAAAAGAAAAAACAUUUAACUUUACAGAAACUGGUAUGGAUGCAGAGGAUAUAAAUAAAAAUAUGACUUUAUUAUCAACCUGCCCUCUUGCAGCACGCAUUUCAGGAUUUCCAUCUGCACAGCAACGUAAAAGCCAGGAGCCAAACAUGCAAAACAUUCAUCCCUCUUGCCCAAUGCUGUCCCACAUAGCUGGAUGCCAGAGCAUACAGGUCUCCAGAUCAUCAGAUUGGCCAACCAGUCAAAUCAUUCUGAUGGAUAGGCAAACUAAGAAUCCUACAAUUAUUAUAAAUAAAGCAAAAGAGAACAAAACAGUACUUGAAAGCAAUGCUGCAUUGCUGCCAACUUGUCCAUCCAAAACCUGCAUUCCAGGUUUUCCAUCUAUACCAGAACCAAAAAUGCAAAAUAUUCUUCCCUCUUGCCCCAAAAGGUCUAACACUAUUGGAUUCCCUUCUAAAGAGGGAACAGUGCAUUUAGAUUGGUUAGUUGACAGUUUAAAUACAAUUCAGUUGUGCUGCAGUGCACCAAAACGUAAGUUAUUUUUUAUCAAGGACAAAACAGAUGAGACCAGAGACUCAAUGAAAAGUAUGUUUGCCUUAUCUCCAACUUGUCCAACACUAACAAUAAUACCAGGAUUCCCAUUUGUACCAAAACCCAAAGUUUCUCCUAAUAUGAUAAAUCUUCAGCCAUGCAUUCCAAAAACAUCAAGAAUUGUUGGGCUCCAAUCAAGAGAGAGAACACUCACACAUGUAUGGCUUUUUGAGAAAAAGUCUUUGUGGGAGAAAUUAUUAAAAACAACUUCAGAUAUUCAUGACCAAUGCUACUUUGACCCUCCGUGUGAACAAUUAGACCAUUACAGUAUGAAGAAAAUGAUAGCUUUGGUGCCAACCUGCCCAAGAGAAGCUCAAACCCCUGGUUUUCCUUCUGUACCUUACAUAAAAGUGGAUAGAUUCUAUUUACGAAAAGAGUCAGACAUGAGAAGUAUACUGAAUUCUUGCCCAGGGUUUGCUCUUGUUCCAGGCUUUCCUUCAGUAAGUUCAGUUAUCUCAGUGGAGUCAUCAUGGAAAGUUCAAGAGAAGCCAAUGUGGGUGAAACCUGUAAAACAGAAAUCAGUUUUCAUUUCAAGUACAAUCACACAUUAUGACCAAUAUGCAAAAAUUGUACUGCUUGCACCAACAUGCCCUGAUAAGGCUAGAAUUCCUGGAUUUCCAUCUGUAAGAAACUUAAUGUAUGCAAUGACUGCUCUCCUACCAUCUUGUUCAUAUGCAUCAAUCGUACCUGGAAUGCCAUCUAGGAAAGACAUAACUCAAGAUCUUACUCAAAUAGAGAGAGUGUCGCCUACUAUGCCACUUUUUGGGGAAAAACCUUUGAAGACAAAGACACUUUUGGUUUCUAACGAUCUUCCUACAGUUGACGAUAAAACAGCUAUGUCCACUUUGGUGUACUGUUGCCCAAGCAAAGCAAGGAUUCCUGGAUUCCCAUCAAUGCCUACUACACCUUCCACACAAAUCGGCAUGUCAGUAACAAACCCCAAUCAAACCCACACCCAAACAGAGCCUGAAACAGCACUGUGUGUUACACCUCAUAGGAUAGACAAAUGGGAUCUAACAGUGGAUGUCAAACUAUCUGAUAAAUCCCCAGAAAUAAAAAAGAGUAAAGAAAUUCUUGAAGGAAGUCCAUUGCAAGAACAGCAAUCCCUGGAAGAACACACUGUGGAGCAGUCAUCUCCAAGCAAAUCCAGUGACACUACAGACUACUCAGAGACUGAUAUAACAUCUGGAUGGGAGGUACUGGAGGCAGAGGAUCCUUUUACAGAAAAAGAAGGAUCUUCAGGCCUUGUUGAAACCAUAGUCGGUGUUUUUCACAAAGGUUUUGAGACAGUAGCUGCGAUGUUGCAGCCCUCUGGUUUUGGAGCGGGUGUGGAUAGCCAAUUGACCACUGAUGACCCCUGUUGUUCGGCGAACCCUGAAAACAAUAUUAGUGUGAAACCCAGAGAGCCUCAGUGUGAACCUGCUGAGGGGCCAAUCCUACAAAAAGCAUUACAUGUUUCAUCAACUGAACCUCAGGAGUUUAAAUUCCCUGUAAGUGCUGAACCACACAUGUGGCGCUUGGCUGACAGUCGAUCUGAGACAUCCUUGUGCUCUAAAGAUGUUGAAAGCUGGCUUGCUGGGAAUGGAGAACAGAGCCACAUGAAGAAGUGGCCUCCACUAACAGAAGCAGACAUACAUGAGAUUACAAAAGAAGAAGAAGAAAAUGGUCCGCAUACUUUACUUCGAAUUCGUGAAACAACCAAAAAGAAAAUUUUUGAUCUUGAUGAGAAUACUGAAGAAAAGCUUUUUGAUAAGCCAUUUUUGAUAGAGAAGGGGCCACAGAUUCAUAGUGCUCAAGAGAUCUCUGCACUCAUCCAGCCUACUAGCAGCAAGCCUCAGAAAGAACAGAUAAUGACAUUCUCUCUAACGUCCCCACAAACACAUUCAGAGGUUAAAAAUGAAGAGAUCUCCAUUUUAACAUCCGGUCAACCAUCACCACCGCAGGAGACUAUCAUGAACUCCAGGCUUCAAGAAUCUGCUUUGACAGCAGUCGUGAAAGAUCAAGAACCCAUUUCUCCUUGUCCAGAUGUAUCAAUUGCUUCAUGUUGUGGCAGCAAGAUAAACAGUAAUCUGACUGAGGAAUCCUCACACACUCAGGAACAUGUAUCUGUUGUAAACCAGACUGAACGUCUAUCAGAUGUAUCCCAGAGCUUGCAGGCAGCAAUGUCUGGAUCUAUCAUUGAGGAUAAGAAGUUGGACAAAGUUAUUGGUAUGCCCACAUCUUUGGAAAAUCCCCUGACAUCUGCAGAUGAAGAUUCUUCUACUAAAACCAUGGUGCAGAGUCUCACUAUUCUACCUGUUCCAAUGCCUCGCGUAAAGAAGCGCCUUAGUGCUUCUUUACCAGAUGACUACCAAGUGGAAAGUGGUACGACUGAAAUAAGCACUGGUGGUAUUUGGCCCUCAGACAAUAAUGAGAUGUCAAGUAAAGCCAAAGUGCCUGGCAUUGAAGCUAGUGGUGCUGAAAAUAAAUCUGAAAUGCAGAAACAGAAUCAAGUGUCCUCCGCAGAUAUGUCUGACUCCGAAAGUGAUAUAAGAUCAACUACUGGCAAAAAGAAAAAAGAUGAAAGGGAGCUGGAGCAAACUGCUUCUGAAAUCAAAGUGAAGUCAGUAGAUCAAGUCAAGCCUACAGAACCUCUACUCCCAAUGCCCCGUCUGAGGAAGCGUUUCAGUGCUUCUUUUAAUGAUGACAUUCCAACUGUGUCAUCCUCCCCUCCAUUUGUCCUUGAUCAAGGACAAAAAGAGGCAUGUCCACCGGUUCCAGCUCCUCGUUCAAAGAAGCACCUCAGUGCUACUUUCCCAGAUGAAAAUCCUUCUGAAGAAAACCAAGUUGUCUCCUUCAUGGAUCAAACUGAAAGCAAAUCACCUCCCCCUUCAGGAAAUGAGUCUUCAUUAGAUUUUUCAGAAAAGACUGUCAAGGUGUUUGAACUAGAGAAUAACAAAUCUGUUAAUAGCAUAUUAGUUACUGUGAAAAACAUUACAGACUGUCCAGAGCUUUCCUCCAUUAAUCAUGAAGGCAGCAGACAGCUGGUUGAAGAGACUCUCAGGGAGAAAGUUAGUGAGUCUAAUAAAGCCUUAACUAUGAGUGAGACUGCCACAAGCAAUGUUCCUCAAAAUGUGGGUAAAAUACAAAGACAAGAAGAGAGAUCCAGUGAGAAAAAUCAGGAUGUAGAAACAACUGUGAAGGAUAUUAAGCAGGGAAAAGGAGAAGAUAAGGUUCAUUUGGCUACUUUGUCUUUAGAUGAAACUGCUGCUACAUUAGAUUUAAAGAGACAAACCUCAGAGGAUUCUUCAAGCCUGCCUGUCCCAAGACCUCGUGUGAAGAAACGUCUAAGUGCCUCAUUCCCAGAUGAUACCUUGGUUCCCACUGAUGAAAUAACCCUUCUGGAGGAAGGCUCUAAUAGGGACAUUAAUGAACCAGUUCUCACCAAAAGGAAAACGAAGACAGAAACCAUAGUCCAUCAUGGAAGUUCUCCAGCAAACUCUGCUGCAGCCAGUGAGGCAGAGGCAACAAGCCUUGUAGAUUCCAGCCAGUCUCUUCUAGAGUGGUGCCAAAAGGUAACGCAAGGUCACAAAGGCGUGAAGAUCACAAACUUCAGCACCUCCUGGCGAAAUGGUCUUGCUUUCUGUGCCAUCCUCCAUAAUUUCCAUCCUGAUAAAGUGGAUUUCGAAAUGUUGGAUCCUUAUGACAUUAAGCAGAACAACAAAAAGGCUUUUGAUGGCUUUGCUGAACUGGGCAUCUCCAGACUGAUCGAGCCCUCUGACAUGGUACUUCUGUCCGUGCCUGACCGCCUCAUUGUUAUGACUUACCUCAACCAGAUCCGAACACACUUUACUGGCCAGGAGCUCAGUGUGGUACAAAUUGAACAGAACAGCAAUGAGUCAAGCUAUGCUGUGGGAGAGAAAAUACAGAACACAGACCCUGAUGCUGCUGCACGCUAUUAUGCUGAGAGAUUCCAGACCAGCCAACUUGCUCAGGAGACAGACAGGAACGUCUCUGACAAAGAGACUAAGGAGAAUCCAAAUACCAAUGGUAGUUUGGUACCACCACCUCGAAGCAAACGGACUCAAGGGGUGAGUCAAGCAGGAGGCUCAGGGGGAGACCAGGCUCCAGUCGCUCCUCCAAGGACUCACACUUCAUCCACCAAGGGUUUUUCUCACGUCAAGGAUGCAGAUUUGGUAAAGAAGCGGCGAUCGCAGCUGAGAGGGGAGUCUUUUGAAGAGACUGAGAUGUCAGAGAAACCAACUGCAGUGGAGAGUGGACCAAGUCAUGCUGAGAGUGGAGCAGCCAAAGCACCCUCAGGAGCAUUGGAGUGUGGGGAACAGGGAAAAGCAGGAGAUGGCCAGGAUGUCAGUCAGUAUGUCUUGAGUGAGAUGCAGGCCCUGGAGGCAGAGCAGAGGCAGAUAGAUCACCGGGCCGACACUGUGGAGAGGAAGCUAAGAAGACUUAUGGAGUCUGGUAGCGAUCGUGUGGAGGAAGAGAAACUGAUUCAGGAGUGGUUCACACUAGUUAACAAGAAGAAUGCCUUAAUCAGGAGACAAGACCACCUGCAAUUACUACAAGAGGAGCAUGAUUUGGAAAGGAGGUUUGAACUUCUCAAGGGAGAGCUUAGAGAUCUCAUGGCAGUAGAAGAGUGGCAGAAGACUCAGGCCCAUAAAACCAGAGAGCACUUGCUGCUGCAAGAGUUGGUGUCUCUUGUUAACCAGAGGGAUGAACUGGUCCAUGACAUAGAUGCCAAAGAGAGAGGGGCUUUGGAAGAAGAUGAAAGGUUGGAAAGAGGUCUGGAGCAGAGACGAAGGAAGUAUGGAAGUCGAAAAGAGAAAUGCGUAUUGCAGUAAGGGAAUGAGAUGGUCAAAGGUGACGUUAACAUUAAUAGACUGUUGGCGAACACCAAACAUCACACUUUAUAUAGAACUAGUGAAGAAAAUAUAAGGUGGAGAAAUGGAAGACUCACUAGAAGAAUUAUUAACAGGGUUGUUUUGACUGUGUGGAUUGCAAGUGGAGAUUUAUUUUAGUUCUUUUGCACUUCAGUAAGAGAAACUGGUAUUUUUAGGAGGUCACUUAGUGUCAAUUUGAUUUUGCAGAGAUUCUUUUGCAAAAUUUAAGUGGAUAGUUCUACUGGUUCACCUUCCAGAUAGGUUUAUAAAUGGUUUAUAAACAGAUAUUGCUUUACAUUGUAUAAUUUAUACAGUAUGUUGAUGCAAUUUAGGCAGAACAUAAUAUAUUGCUGUGCCAUAGCAGUGAUGCUCUCUUUAAAAGUGUAUUGCCAUGAGUGUUUUUCAGGCAAAUGGCAAAAGAUGGCUGUAAGUAGAUAUCAGACAUUGAAUAUUGAAAUCGAACCUCAAAAAGAAAAUAUAGUUUUACUGGAUACAUUAUACUUAUGACGAACAUAGCAUGAUUCUCACAUAUUAAAUCUAUCCAAAACUAGCUACAUUCUGGUCCAUAUAGUACAUACUUGUUAUCCAACAUACAGUGGCAGACGAGAAUCUGUAUGUUCAACAAAGAAAGGUAUUGAGAUCUCUGUGUGGACUAAAUAUAUUUCAAAGACAUGUGCAGUAAAUGAAAUGAAAUUCAUAAAUGUGGUUUGGUAUUUCCUGAUUCUGGACACUUUGGUCUUCCACACAGAGUAAGAACUUAUCAAUCUAUGGCAAAGCCUGCUUUUAAAACAUAUAUAAAUAUAUAGUAAACAAACCCUUUACUGUAAUAUACACCCACCACUGUUCUAGCAACUGCCAUUUGGUAAUUAGUAUCAAGUAGGUCUUUAGUGCCUUUACUGUAUUUAAGAUUUAUUUUAAUAUUAUUUUGAAUGAUAGUUUGUGUUAGUUAUUUAAAAAAAUAGCAUAGAAAUAUGCACCACAGUAAAAUGACACAGAACCCGGAACUUUUAAACUUCCUUUAUUAGAUGCAAGGGAAAGAGAUUCAGUACCAAAAAUUGCAUUACCUGGAAACACACAUGGUUACAGUUUGCAGAAUAUUUGCUAUGACUUCAGCGUGAAUGUGUAUUCCUGAGAAGUUUCCAAAAAACAGUAUUAGUUUUAAAACUUUUUCUUGAAAGCUAGAUAAUUAAUUUAUGUAUUAUUCUAUGAGUUUCUGCAUAUUUUUUUUAAAAUGCAUUCUUUUAACGUGUUUUACUGCUGAAAGUUUUGGGCUCUGCCUUGCAGUGUCACUUAUAUAGCUGUGAUAGGAAUUCUUGUUCACUGACAUCCUGCACUUUUAAAACUGCACUGUUUAAAAGAGUUUUGGGGAAAAUAAAAGUUGCUUAAUAUGUGUCUCAGACAACCUUA